GUUCAGUUUGAGAGGAUGUAUUUCGUUCUUGCAAUACUGGUGGGCAUCUUGGGUGCGAAUCCCACCACGAGUUAUCCGGUAGCGCAAAUGCAAGGAAGCUCGAGUGGUGCUGGAUCACAGGGUUUCGGGUUCGGCGACCCGAGUGGUGCUGGUUUCGGUGGACAAGGCGUAGGUGCAGGAUUUCCUGGAGCAGGAUUCCCUGGUGCAGGAUUCCCUUUCUUUUCACCUCAGGCUGGAACAGGCCCUGGAAUGGGAUUUCCACAGUUCGCCGGAUUCCCCCAGAUGGGCUCGUUUAACUUCGGUGUACCUCAGGGACCGGGUGGUAGUUUCUCUACAUCUGGAUCGCAGUCCUUCGCCAGCAGUAGCUCGUUUGGCGGUGGACAAACCGGAGCCGGAUCUGGUAGCAGCGCUGGAGCUAGCUCGCAAUCCACGGGUCAUCAGCAACAACCACAGCAUGGUGUAAUUGGCAGUGGAAGUUCGGGAUCGGCACACACUGAGCAACAACCCGAUCACGGCUUCAUUGGAACGGCCAGUGGAGCGGGUAGUUCCAGCCAGGAUCAGUCUAACCACGGCCCACACGGUGGACAAAGUUCAAGUGGUGCUGGAGCACAAUCGCACAGUGCUGGUGGACAUGGACAGGGACAGGGUGGUUCUGCUAGUGGUGCCCAAUCCACCGGGUCUUCGUUCGGACCAGGUGGACGUCAUACGGAGCAAAACUUCGGUAACGUCUCCGGUGAUAACUUUGGUGUGCGCAUCAGUAUUGAUGAAUCAGCCGAUGGAACGUAUAAAAAAACGGAAACCUCAUCAUGGGUAUGGAACUAGUGAGACUGUCUGCCGGAAUUCGAUGAAGUAGAACCGUUUAAGCGAAUAUCUUGGAGUGUGUUACAGUAACAUAAACUAUAGUAACUAAUGUUUAUUACCACAAUGAUACU